GAAGGGCGCCGUGUCAUAUCUUCAAUCUUCUCCUCCCGAAACCCUACGUCUCAAGUCCGUCCCUCCAAAACCGAUUUAAUUCUCACUCGUCCUCGGCGUCUUCCGUCGCUUCCCUCCACGAUCACCAUGCCUAAAGCGAAGACCGACUCCACAGCCGACGAUAAUCGGUUGAAGCGCAAGGGCGCUGGAGUUAGAAGAAAGCGGUCGAGGAAAGCUGCAAAGGAUCCAAACAAGCCAAAGAGGCCUCCGAGCGCUUUCUUUGUGUUUAUGUCUGAGUUCAGAGAGCAGUAUAAGAGGGAACAUCCGGACAAUAAAUCAGUCACUGUUGUCGGUAAAGCUGGUGGUGAUCAAUGGAAAGCCAUGUCUGAUGCUGAAAAAGCUCCCUUCAUCGCCAAGGCAGAGAAGAAGAAAGCGGAAUACGAUAAAACUAUUAAAGCGUACAAUAUGAGAUUGGCUGAGGGCAAAAAUCCUUCAGAGAAAGCAGAGUCUGAUAAACCUAAGUCAGAAGUCAACAACGAUGAUAAUGAUGAUAACGAAGAGUAGGAAGACGCGGACGAGUAGUAAAGAAGAUGAGAAAACAGGAGAUAGAAUCCUAGGGUAGUCCAUAACUCCAUAUAAUAAUUAUUCAUAUAUAGGUUUGAUUAUUAUAUAUAUUAAAUUUUUGGUAAAUUAUUUCCCGUGCUGCCAUUUUUGGGUUGGACUAGAGCAUUGUCCAUUGGGCUUGGUGUCAUGAUGCUGCGAGCAUGCAAAGUACUCAUCAAGCGCAGAUGAUUGUUAUUUUGUAGAUAUUUCUUAAGAGUACAUGUUUCAUGUUCUUUUUGCUUGAUGAUUCGACAGUCUUUUGAAUUGUUUCGUCUCCAUUUAUGGCAUGAUAAUACAACUAAUGUAUGGAGCAUGACUACUAUAAAGACACUGGAUGAAAGACAAUUUUGUAAUGGAAUGGAUAGUAU